UCUCGGAGACCGGAAGAGCGCAUGCGCAGGACGGCGGCCAUGUUGGCCGCGCGCCACUCCCGCGUUUGAGGGAAAGUCGUCGGCUCUCAGCGCCCUACCUCAGAGCGCCUACGCGGGAAAGGAGGAUCCCGAGAGGGAGCCGCGGUGUUGAGGGUCGCUUCUUCCGAGAGCCCGGGCAGGCUGGGCCGCCGGGGCGGCAACGGUAGCCCCAGGGGGAGGCGUGCCUGCUAGGCCUUCCCUGGCCGCGGCGACUCCGGCUCCGGCGUCCCCCGCGCCCGGCAGCCUGCGGUUGCGUUUCCUGCGGGCGGGUGCGCGCGUGGGCACCGGCGAUGGCAGUUCGGUAAGUUCUCCGCUGGAGAGAAGGACCUCUGCAGGUUCCGAGGGAGCACGCGUGUGGGACACAAAACGCAGGCGUGAAGAGAUUCGCCGAAGUACCUCAGCGCCCGGAGCUUCGAGUGCUGGAGCCCCUGGGGGGCAGUGGGAGGCGGGCCGGUUGCCGUUAGCUGGAACUGAAUUGAGCGCAAGUACGAGGAGUGUGGACAGGUGGGUUUUUCUUUCGGCUGUUCACCUGGAAAUUCGUCCUUAAAUCUGUGGCGGCAGUAAAAUGAGCAUCCGUGGAACCUUCAUCCGCGUUCACUCCUGGCUGAGAUUUUGUCUCCCGUCCUGGGUGUUGUGAUGAACCGAUUAACGGCAAAUGGCAGACAUUCGCUUCACCCCUUCGCGGGUUCCACUGCUGCUUAAUAAAGAAGAAUUGAGAUUGGCCUCUAAACUCAGACACUGUCUUGAAGGACUUUGAGAACAAGAAGGGUUCAGGCAGAUUUUACUGUCUUACCUACAGGAUGCCAGCCAUUGAUCUUUUCUCUUGUGGUCACCUUUCUCAAGACUUUUUCUGUCUUGGUGAGGAGAAGUCAGAAGGAGAAAGGAUAAUGACCAGGUGUCUAACAAAUUUUUCUCGCUGAACAUGGGUUUAGAUGGCAACUACCUGAUGCUGGGAUGUUUGUGAUGGGUUUAGGACCCAUCACCCAUGACCUUUGAGGAUGUGGCUGUGGAAUUCACCCAGGAGGAGUGGUCUUUGCUGGAUCAAACCCAGAGAGGGCUGUGCAGCGAUGUGAUGCUGGAGAACUACAACAGUCUGACUACAAUAGAUUGGGAGAUUUGUCUUAAUACCAAAUGGUCAGCACCUCAGCAGAAUAUUUUGCAGGGGAAAACACCCAAUGUGGUAGAAAUGUAGGUAAAUGAAUAAACUGAUGCAUCCAGACAAUGGAAUAUCCAGCACUUAAAAGGAAUGAGCUAACAGGCCUUGAAAAGACUUGGAAGUACCUGAAGUGCAUAUUACUAAAUUACUAAACCAGAUGCAGGUGUGAGUCUACAGAUAUCUCUGGGCCUUUGUCUUUGGAGCCACCUUGAGCUGUGUGAGUUUUCCCAGGUCUGCUUGCUUAGAACCCUGUCUGGUAAGGAGGGAGACACACAGGAGGAAGAAUGGCUGCAGGAUUUCUGACAACCAGGUCACAGGAUUCAGUGACCUUUGAGGAGGUGGCAGUGGACUUCUCCCAAGAGGAGUGGGCGCUGUUGGACCCUGCUCAGAAAACCCUGUACAGAGACGUGAUGCUGGAGAACUACAGGAACCUGGCCUCCGUGGGAUAUCCUCUCUGCAAACACAGUCUGAUCACGGAGGUGGAGCAGGAAGUGCUGGGGACAGAGGAGGGGGCAAUUCUCCAAGGGGCCUUUACAGAUUGGGAUAUUCAACUGAAAUCAAAAGAUGGGAUUCCUCUGAAGAAUGCUUCUGGGGGAAAAACUUGCAAUAGCAUAAAAAUGGUACCAACUCAACCUGGCAAGAAACCCUUGGAAUUUGAUCAUUGUGGAAAAUUCUUCAGAAAGAACUAUCACUUUAUAUGUACAAGAUAUUGUGAGGGAGAGAAAUGCUUCAAUUAUAAAGAAUAUGGGAAGGACCUUGGCCACCCCUCAACUCUUAGCAGUCAUGUAAGUACUCACAGUGGAGAGAAAACUUGUGAGUUUAAUAAUUGCGGCAAAGCUUUCCAUCAAGAGGCAUCCCUUAGGAAAUGCUUAAGGACUCUUACAAGAGAGAAAUCUCAUCCGUGUAAUCAGUGUCUUAGGUCCUUCAGCUUACACCCUUCCUUUUCAGUACAUGUGCAAAUACCUACUGGAGAGGAAUUCUGUGAAUGCCAUGAUCAUGGAGAACGAGCCUCCCUUGGUGUCCACAAAACAAUGUAUACCAUGGAGGAAAGCUCAGAAUGUAAGGAGCACGGAAAAGCGUUCACCAGCAACUCGUCCCUUCAGAAAUGUGUGAGACCUCGUGCCAGAGAGAAGCCUUAUGAAUGUGGUGACUGUGGGAAAGCCUUCAUUUUUCAGUCUUCCCUUAAAAAGCAUGUGAGAUCUCACACGGGAGAGAAACCGUAUGAGUGUAAUCACUGCGGAAAAUCCUUCAGCCAGAGCUCUCAUCUUAAUGUGCACAAAAGGACUCACACUGGAGAGAAACCCUAUGACUGUAAGGAAUGUGGCAAGGCUUUCACUGUUCCUUCAUCCCUUCAGAAGCAUAUGAGAACCCACACUGGAGAGAAACCCUACGAAUGCAGUGACUGUGGGAAAGCCUUCAUUGAUCAGUCAUCCCUUAAGAAACACACUCGGUCUCACACUGGAGAGAAACCUUACGAGUGUAGUCAGUGUGGAAAAUCCUUCAGUACAGGCUCUUACCUCAUCGUGCACAAGAGAACUCAUACUGGAGAGAAAACCUAUGAGUGUAAAGAAUGUGGGAAGGCCUUUAGGAAUUCCUCGUGCCUAAGGGUACACGUGAGAACUCACACAGGAGAGAAGCCCUAUCAAUGCAUUCAGUGUGGAAAGGCAUUCAGCACCAGCACUAACCUUAUAAUGCACAAGCGAAUACAUGCUGGGCAGAAAGUAUGAGUGAAAUGACUACAGGAAAGCCUUUGUUGGGCCUUUACCCCUCAUUCCUCAUUUUAGAACUCACACAAGAGAGCAGCCCUGCUGUGACCAAUGUAGAAAGUCCAGGCACAACUCUUGACUUACGCUGUACUGAGAACAAUCUUACGAAUGUUAUCGUUCUGUGAUUGUCUUUAUCAGUGAGUGUCUCAUCCUGAAAGUGUGACAGCUUGUUAACUGAUGAGAAUUAAAGGUUAUAUGGCACUCUAAAUGCUCCCUAGUCUAUACCACAAAAUUUUGAUAAAUAAUGUUUUCACCAUAAUUUAGUACUAAAUGUGGUCCAAUCCUCAUCAAGAUGUCUUGGACCUGUAGGUUAUUUAGAAAUGGAUUUUCAGUGUGCAGACUCUGCAUAUUUUAGUUAUUUUUGGUAGAUUUCUAAUUUAAUUGGAUUAUACACAGAUGCAUGGUCUUUAUGAUAUAGAUUCUGUAUGACAUUAUUUAAAACAAAAUUAUUGGAGACUUGCUGUGUGGCCCAAUGUGUCGGAUACAGCGAGUAUCCCCAGAUCCAUUUCUCCUUCCCUUUCCUAUAGUAACAAAACUAUAGUUAUAUUCAAGUUGACAGUGUGAACAAUUUUUUAAGGAACUCUCUCAACUUACUUUGCUGCUUUGAGCGCCCAUAAGCUCUUGGUUCUGGUCAGUGAGAAAUAGGUAGAGGUCACUACUCGUGGGUUCUAAAGAAGCUGUGGCAAUGGGAGUAUCUCAGUUGGCAUCUUCUCUUCAACAUUUGCCCUGUGUCUCAUCUCUUUUUCUUUCCUAGAAAAUAGACCAAGAGGAUGAUAGUCAGAGGCUACUGAUUAUACCACAGGGAUAUACAGUAUCAUUUGGCUGUACCAACCUCAGGUUGCUUAUUUCUGGGCUUCAUCUAA